GCUGUGUAGUUGCUGCUAGUUGGUGCUGCUGGUGUGCCCGUCGUUCCGUAGCUUCCUAGCAUUCUUGUGUUGUGGAGUGUUCGACAAUAUUGUGGGGAAUCGCGGGGGCGACGAAAUGAUGGCUGCGUCGCCUAAAAGUUGAAAGAGGUCACUGGAUCUUCCCAAGUGCGAUGGAUAACUUCACCAAGGCCCUGCUGAACUGGCUGGAUGCCUCGUUCAGUAUUCCAAUGCCGCAUUCGACGCCGGAGGAGCUAUCAGACGGAACGGCAUUGGCCUUCGUAUUGAAUCAGAUAGACGCUGAGUUCUUCGAUGACCAAUGGCUGAACAAGCUCAGACCGGACUGUGGCGACAACUGGAGGUUGAAGGUCUCAAACGUGAAGAAAGUCAUCGGCAAGGUUGUCGACUACUACAGUGAGGUGUUGAGCAUAGCUCUUACUUUGAACGAGGCGCAGCUAGCAGCAUCCGUUGGGGAACACUCAAAAGAUGUCGGACGCCUCUUACAACUCGUGCUGGGAACGGCCGUCAAUUGCAACAAAAAAGAGAAAUACAUACAGAUCAUCAUGCAGCUCGAGGAGGCUAUCCAACACGUCGUUAUGAAGGCGAUUCAAGAGAUCAUGGCGAACACGCAUUCGCUUCCGCCGCCGCCAGCCGCCGAUCCGAUAAGUCCAGCGGGUCUCUCGGGUGAAGAGGUUGUGAAACGACUCGAAGAGCGGCUCUCGCAGGAAGAGAAGAUCCGAGAAGAACUCCAGCAGAAGCUCCACGAUCUCGAGGGAGUUCUUCAAAACGAACGGCAAGAGAAAACUCUUGUCGUUGAGGAGCUGCGAGACCUGCAAAACAAGCUGGCCAACGAGGAAGCGCCUCAAUCAAUGGGUGAGAGGGUGCGUCAGCAGCGCGACCAGAAGACGAGACUCGAAAGUGAGCUGUUCAAGAUGGAGCUAGCGAAAGAAGAGUUGAGAUCGAAGCUCGAGGAAGCUGAGGCUCAUGCAAGGGAACUCCAGAAUCGGAAUGAGGAACUGCUGAAAGAUCGGGAGGACCUCAGCAUUCUGAAAGAUGAGCUCGAUGUCUUGAGACAUACAAACGAGCAAGUUGGGCGCUACGAGGCUUCCCUCGAAAUGUAUCGGAAGAAAAUGGAAGAAAUGAGUGACAUGAAGAAGCAAUUCAAAAUGAUGGAGGAGAAAAACGCGGAAUAUCUCCAGACAAUCGUCAGACACGAAGAAGAGCUGUCCCGGGUGUCGACAUUGAAGGCGCAAAUUGACGUGUACAAGAAAGAAACGCAUAUGCUCCGCGAGAGAUUGACUGAAGAAAUUCAGAGAGCGGAUCACGCGGAGUUUGAGAACAGGCGCGCCGAAGAGAAAAUGGCUGCGAUGUCCUCUGAAAAGGAACGGAUACUCAUCGAGCGCAAUACAUUGAGGGAGAGCGUCGAAGAACUGAAGGCUAACAAGCAGAAUCCUCUCGAGGUCCCCGGGGGGAAGAUGAUGCGAGGGGGCAGCGACUUGUUGGAGGAUUCGCCAGCUCUACUUAAAGAGAAGCUAUAUCGACUCCAAGUUGAAAACGAAGGUCUCAAGAAAGGGCAAACGAGUGCCGAUGCGGAUGCCUACAAAGAACUCCACGAUGACAUGAAGAAGCUCCUAGAGGAGACCGAACAGAAGCUCCGAGCCGCCAACUUGAAAAUCUUGGAGUUGGAGUCUCAGAGCGCCGACAACUCGCUGCUUCGAGAUCUGAACGACAAAGUAGCCAAAUUGACCCGUGAGCUCGAGAUCAAGAAACAAGAACUGCGUAACUCGGAGGACAAGUACGAUAAGUGCAUCGCGAAAGCCAAGACAGUCCUGAAAAACUUGAAUGACAGCGGAACCGAGGCCGCCCUGCGCCAUGAACUGUCGGAGAAGAAUCAGCUCAUUUCGAAAUUGGAGAAGGACGUUGCUCAGAUGAGAACUCAAUAUGACUCACAAGAGAGACUCAUCAUGACCGCCCUUCACAACUUCGGAGCCCACGAACAGCGUCGCGCCGCUGAGCAGCGUUUGGCGAGCGGAAGUUUCCUCAACACACAACGACAGAGCACGGCACGGAAACACAAUCUCAGCGGAAUUCAGUCGAGCGAGUUCUUCAAGUAAAGGUAGAGCUAGCAGACUGGCAGCUCGCUGUGAUCCACCCACCUCGUUCUGAACCUCUUCUACCAGCGGGCGUCUCGGCGAAAUCGGAAAAUUCUCCAGAUUCUCAAUCAUCGCGUCGCCUUCGAUGUGGACCUUCGGACCUGUCCGGCAACUUGAACUCGAGGAUACUCCCUGGCCCGCUGAACUCUGGUUUCCGUCCUCUGCAAUAAUUCUAUGUUCACGAUAGGUAUACGGACUCGUUCUUGCAGAGCGAAUGAUGAUCGAGGGUUGGUCGAUCGCUCGAGCAAACUGCUGAGAGAUGAGAGCGAGACGUCUCGACAACCCACCCUAUUCUAUGACUUCCGGGUGAUC